UGGAGCAGUGACGUUAUCCGCUGCUGGAAAGAGGGAGGGAGAAAGAGAGGGACGGCUGGACUCCAUUAAGCCGAAGCCUGCUGGAAAACUGUUUGGGAUACUUCACUUCUUCUGCGACUUCUUCAGGGAUUUCUUUCUGCUUUUAUUGUCUGAAAAACUCUUCAUACAUGAUUUAAAGAGGGGGAAGUUGCUCUGCACCGUGUAGUCGACUGUUUUAGUGGGGUUUAUUUCGUCUUUGUGAAGGAUGGCGCUGGACGGGAUCCGGAUGCCCGAUGGCUGUUACGCCGACGGGACGUGGGAACUGAAGAUGCAUGUCACUGACCUCCACAGGGACGUGUCACUGAGGGUAACCGGGGAGAUCCACAUCGGCGGAGUCAUGCUCAAACUGGUGGAGAAACUAGAUGUGAAGAAGGACUGGUCAGACCACGCUUUGUGGUGGGAGAAGAAGAAGACAUGGCUGUUGAAAACUCACUGGACGUUGGACAAGUACGGCAUCCAAGCCGACGCCAGGCUGCUCUUCACGCCGCAGCACAAACUCCUGCGCCUCCAGCUGCCCAACAUGAAGCACAUGAAGGUCAAGGUCAACUUCUCUGACCGCGUCUUCAAGGCCGUGUCCGACAUCUGCAAAACUUUCAACAUCCGCCACCCAGAAGAGCUAUCUCUACUGCGUAAGCCCCGUGAUCCCAAGAAGAAGAAGAAAAAGCUGGAGGAGGCAGAGGAGGACGAUCUGGAGCUGGAGGGUCCGCUGUUAACCCCUGGAUCAGGGAGCAUCUACUCCAGUCCAGGCUUGUACAGCAAAACCAUGACCCCCACCUAUGACUCCAGAGACGGCAGCCCGCUGUCACCCACCACUGCCUGGUUUGGGGACAGCCCCCUGUCUGAGGGCAACCCCAGCAUCCUCGCUGUCAGCCAGCCAAUCUCUUCACCAGACAUCCUGGUCAAACUCUACAAGCCCCAGUCACUGCUGGACAAAGCCAAAAUCAACCAGGGGUGGUUGGACUCAUCCAGGUCUCUGAUGGAGCAGGAUGUAAAGGAGAAUGAGGUGCUGCUGCUGAGGUUUAAAUACCACAGUUUCUUUGACCUCAACCCAAAGUAUGAUGCCAUCCGAGUGAACCAGCUCUAUGAGCAGUCCAAGUGGGCCAUCCUGCUGGAGGAAAUUGAGUGCACGGAGGAGGAAAUGAUGAUGUUUGCUGCCCUGCAGUACCACAUCAACAAGCUGUCAAUCAUGUCUUCAGACAACCACAUGAAUAACAGUGAGAAGGAGGUGGAUGAGGUGGAUGCAGCCCUGUCAGACCUGGAAAUCACUUUGGAGGGAGGGAAGACGUCCAACACACUGGGUGACAUCACAUCUAUUCCAGAGCUAGCGGACUAUGUCAAAGUCUUCAAACCCAAGAAACUGACACUGAAGGGCUAUAAGCAGUACUGGUGCACAUUCAAGGAUAUCACAAUUUCCUGUUACAAGAGUAAAGAAGAGGCACAUGGGACUCCUGCCCACCAAAUGAAUCUUAGAGGUUGUGAGGUAACACCAGAUGUUAACAUCUCGGGUCAGAAAUUCAACAUCAAGUUGCUAAUCCCUGUGGCUGAUGGCAUGAAUGAGAUCUGGCUUCGGUGUGACACGGAGAAACAGUACGCCCACUGGAUGGCCGCGUGUCGCCUGGCCUCCAAAGGGAAGACCAUGGCCGACAGCUCUUACAACCUGGAGGUCCAGAACAUUCUGUCCUUCCUCAAGAUGCAACACAUGAACCCCGAUCCUCAGUUUAUCGAGCCCAUCACCACCGAUAUCAACCCAGAGUGCCUGGUGUCCCCGCGCUAUCUGAAGAAGUACAAGAACAAGCAGCCAGGCUAUAUCAGGGACUUGAUUUCAGCCCGGAUCCUUGAAGCCCACCAGAAUGUGGCCCAGAUGAGUCUGAUUGAGGCCAAGAUGCGCUUCAUCCAGGCGUGGCAGUCCCUGCCCGAGUUUGGAAUCACUCAUUUCCUCGCCAAGUUCCAGGGUGGAAAGCGGGAGGAGCUGAUCGGCAUCACUUACAACCGUUUGAUCCGGAUGGAUGCCAACAAUGGAGAUGCUAUUAAGACCUGGCGCUUCAGCAACAUGAAACAGUGGAACGUCAACUGGGAGAUCAAGAUGGUGACGGUUGAAUUCGCAGACGAGCCCAGUCUGUCUUUCAUCUGUGCCGAGGUGGACUGUAAGGUGGUCCACGAGUUCAUCGGCGGCUACAUCUUCCUGUCCACACGUGCCAAGGACCAGAACGAGUCUCUAGACGAGGAGAUGUUCUAUAAGCUGACCAGCGGCUGGGUCUGAGUUGCCCCGAACCACCAGGGGCCAACGAUUGUAGGUCAGGGGCCAGGAGGGGGAGUGGCUGUGGGUGGGUCUUGGGGGGGUGGAACCACAGUGUAUGGGGUUUAUUUUAUUCUACUUUAUCUCAGUCUGUUUAAUUGUUUGGAGCUGUGCUGAAGAGUCCAGAGCAGCACUAAAAUUGCCAUGGCUGACACCGAUUUUAUUGUUGUAGUUUAUUUUGUUGUUGCAUUAACGCUGACAAGGUCUUUUGUUACAACACUAAUGUUCUGGUGAACGCAGUCCAGAUGAACUUUUGAACCGUAACUCCUGUGGUUGAGCAGAAGCUACACAAACCUGAAGCGGGAAGUUCCUCUGUUCCUCUACGACCGCCUGCCUCCUCUCCUCCUGGACUGAUGGCCAUCAACUUACGUCCAUGACAACCCUUUAAAGCCAAUCAAACACCAGAUUUAAUCCCAAAGAUAUUUUUUUGUCCACUCUUCACUUGUUCUUUCACCGCCUUUUGUUUCUCUCUUCUAGAACUGGACUGAAGGAGCUGACAUCAAACUGUCAUUAAAACGUAUUGUAAUCGUAGUGCCACAGAUACGUGCAGUUAUAUCGAAUUAUUUAUCCUAAAGGACGGACUUUAUCAGAGAGUCCAAUCCAAAGCACUACAUGUCCAUCCUAUCCACUCUAUGAAGGGUUUAAUCUCUUUGAAGUCACAUGUAAGCACUUCGACACUAUACAGUCCUGUUCAUGAAUAAGCUGAUGUUAAAUUUGCUUUUGAUGUCUGUCGUCUUUGUUUCAGAGCUCGUCUGGAGCGAUUGUCUCCUCCGCGUCGAGUCUCUCUAAUGAAUUGUCAUUGUAUUAGCUGGCAGGUGUGACAUUGUGAGUUUUGUUUUGUAUUUAAUAGACUGCUCAAUAGCGAGCAUGUCUGGAAACACACUACAGUUCAGUGCACUGGGAUGAGCGUGCUGUGGGUUUGAAAAUCUUUUCCAUUUGAUUUAACUGUCCUUUCUGCAAAAAUGUUCAUCUUGAAAAGUCAUUAGUUCUAGUGUUGAGUGUAUCUGAUGUUUCUCGAAAACAGGUAUUAAAGGUCCCAUGUGUAUCAUUUAGGCGGGUCUAUUGGCAGCAGUGGAAUAUAAUAUAACAAGUAUGUAAUCACCUGAAAAUAAGAAUCAUUUGGUUUCAUUACCUUAGAAUGAGCUGUUUAUAUCUAUGUAGGGAGUGGGUCCUCAUGUACUGAGAUCCGAACUCUGGCUCAAGGUAGGGCCAUUUGCGUAGUUAGCAGUCCCUCUGCGACAAGAGCAAUUUCUGAACGAUUUCUAAAACGUGGGUCACUUUGCUACAGCCUUUUUACAGGUUGAAAUCUCUGUGGAUAAUUCAACUCCUGGUAAAAACCUCCUGAACAUCUGGAUAUUAGGUUAUCAGAGAAAAGGUGAACACACAUUGAAUUACCAGAAGAGAAAGGUGAGCAUACAUUCCAGUGUGCUAAGCUAGCCGCCUAUGUCCAACAUGUCAGGCAGCCUAGGAGAAACACUGAUUUCUAACAUGAUACCACUUUAUUCAGUGUUUUUACUGGUUUAAUCACCAGGUCUGUUUGUUUUGGAGAGGAAGAGAACUCUGUGGAUAAUUCGUCUCAUGGUAAAAACCUCCCGAACGUCUAGAUAAGCAAUAAGGUGAGCACACAUUAGAAGGUGCUGGGUAACCAGGCUAUCUAUGACAUGUAGGAGAAAUGCUGAUUUAUGACAUGAAACUGCUUUAUUCAGUGUUUUUGCUGGUGUGUUUAUUUUGGAGAGGAAGAGACCACUGCAGAUAAUUCAGCUCCUGGUAAAAUCCACCUGAACAUCUGGAUCUCGAGUUAUCAGAAGUUUGAAUCACCAGCUAUGUUUGUUUUGGAGAGGAAGAGACCUCUGCGGAUAAUUCACCAUGCGGUAAAAAUGUCCUGAACAGUAAACACCGAAGGAAUUCUAACCAGGAGAGGGUCCAGCUGGUUGCAAUCUGCAGUCCUCACCACUAGAUGCCACUAAACCCCCUAAAUCCUAAACACUGUUCCGUUAAAAAGCUUUCAUCUGUUAAGACCUUGAACGGAGGUAGAUCAUGUGUUCAUGUGUAUUUAAAAUAUCUAAUCCCCUUGUUUUUAAAAACUAUUUGAAGACCGAACAUGAAGCUACAUGACUUUUCAAGAUGUCCAUUAUCUUUCCCCAACUCUAGACAGCGAAGGUGUUUUCAUCCUCUGACCUGGCAUGUAAAAAUAACGUGCCAAAGUGCAUUACCAUUUUACCAAACAUGUCUGUUUAUGGCUGCUGUUCUGACCACAGCUACACGUUGCUACAUCUCAACAGCAUGUUUGAAACUGCAUCCAAAGAUUUGAAACCCCGACGUCUCAUCGCUAAGUGCAUGUGCACUACGUAACAGGAGGGAUCGUUGUUCCCUUGUACCACCUUUUGACUUAAUCGCCCUUCUGUCUCUCACACCAUAUAGUAUUAUUAUUAUUAUUAUUAUAAUUUUUAUCUUUACACACCAGCAAAAGGUCACCGAGUUUGAAGAAUGAAUAUGCAACGUUUUUUUUUCUUCUGUCCUCAGUAUGAAGGAUCAGUAAAUGAAGUAUUAUUUUUUUGUAACUAAUGUAAAAACACAAACGUUUUAUAGAAUUGUACAGUUUUUUUUUUUUUCUGCUUUUUGGGGUUUGGAAGUUUUUCCUUUCAGAAACGAGGGGGGAAGCCAUGUGUCAACAUGUAGUAUUCAGAAUUGUGCCUGCUUAUGUUGUGUCCUUACUGAGUUUUCAGAUGAAGAUAAAUAUGAAUAUAUAUAUGAAGAUAACACUAGUCUCAAACUCCAGGUUUGAUUAAGAUAUUUGUCGAGUACAUAUUAUAAUUUUUUUUUUAAAAAAUACAACUACAUAUGCCUUUUCAAUGUGCUCUUUUUUUGCAUCUCCGCUUCAUUUUAUUGAUUUUCUGCUUCCUCUUCUGUCAGUUUGUGGCUCUGAGUUGUGUUUUUAGCUCAUCCUGUAGACUGACAAUGACUUAAUUUUUGCUGCAAAUUGGAUUUGCUCAGUGCCUUUUUAAAUUACUUCACUUACUUGUCUGGUUUUGUCACAGCUGAAGUGUGCCAUUUAAUAAUGUCCAUAUGAAGGAGACUCACAUUGUUUAGACCCUGGAGUUUGAGACGAAUCAGCAAAAGUGAACAGAUGUAAGAGAAAACCAAGCCUAGUCUGUUUUUAUUCUCUCUGACGUUUUUGUUUGCCUCCAGUGUCAGGAGCAGCAGUGCAUGUCCUGCUGCUUCGUUUUCUGACUGUAAAAAAUGCAUUUAUUUUAAAAAAUAAAGUAAUUUUUAUUUAA